AUGGAUCGCUCGAAGAAAGUCAGUAAAUAUGUUAAAGUGUGGUGUGAUGGAUGUUAUGAUAUGGUGCACUUUGGACAUGCAAAUCAAUUAAGACAAGCGAAACAAAUGGGAAAUUAUUUGAUGGUUGGUGUUCACACUGAUGAGGAGAUCAAAUUGCAUAAAGGUCCACCAGUCUUCACUCAAGAAGAACGAUAUCGAAUGGUUCGAGGAAUAAAAUGGGUGGAUGAGGUUGUCGAAGCAGCACCCUAUGUAACGACUGUCAAUACUCUCGAUAAAUUUGGCUGUGAUUUCUGUGUUCACGGAGACGAUAUAACAGUUACGAUCGAUGGUAUUGACACGUACGAAGAAGUUAAAAAUUGUGGUCGUUAUCGUGAAUGUCGACGUACGGCUGGAAUAUCAACCACAGAUCUUGUGGGACGGAUGUUGUUGUUAACAAAGUGCCAUCACACAUCAAACGAUGAUAGGAUUGAAGAAAAUCGAGAAAGUGCACAAUUCCUUUCCACUGUAAGCGUUGAUGGUGGAGCGAUUUCACCUUGGACGAAAGUUUCACGUUUUUUUCCAACCACUCAGGCUAUUAUGCAGUUUUCUGAAGGACGAACCCCAGGUCCCAAUGAUGCUGUAGUUUAUGUUUGUGGCGCAUUUGAUCUUUUUCAUAUUGGUCAUCUCAGUUUUCUUGAAGAAGCUCGCAAACUUGGUGAUUAUCUUAUUGUGGGUAUCCAUUCAGAUCAGGUCGUCAAUUCAUAUACUGGUGGUAAUAAUCCCAUAAUGACACUACAUGAACGAGUUUUAAGCGUUCUUGCUUACAAACCGGUUGACGAAGUUAUCAUUGGUGCACCAUUUCAUGUGACAAAGGAUCUCAUCACACGGUUCAAUAUUCAGGUGGUAGCGAAUGGUAUAAAGAAAACAUAUGAUGAUUCCUUGUAUGAUCCAUUCAAAAUACCAAAGGAGAUGGGUAUUUUUCGUUUAAUCGAUUCUGGUAGUGAUAUGACUACAGAAAAAAUUAUUAAAAGAAUCAUUGAUCAUCGUUUGGAAUUCCAAAAUCGUAAUGAUGCAAAAGAGCGAAAAGAGAUUGAUUUGUUUAACGCUUAUAUUGCACGACAGAAUGGCUUUACAACUAAUGCUUAA